GAUCAGAAUCUAAUACUAAAGGCAACUGAUCGUGUCGCUUAAUAAUUUUAUUGUAUUUCCGUGAAGUUAUACGUGUUGAAAAAUUCAACACAAAACAUUUCAACCUUGAAUAAGCCACGGCGCAGAAACAGUCUAUUCCUACCUCCCACUUUGAGGAUUGUUCUGCUGGGUAAAGAUGUGUCAGCAAACAGUCGAGUGGGAAACGUCAUGUUCGGGAGAUCAGCGUUUGAGAGUGAAUCUCUUCCAUACGAUCAUCACAAUGAGAGAGUCAGAGGAAAAGGCAUGACGCUCAUCAACUGUCCUCAUUUGCUCCAUCCCAACCUCUUGUACUCUCAGAUCACAGAAGGAGUGAAAGAGUGUAUCAGUAUGUUUACUCCAGGACCUCAUGUCAUCCUUCUCAUACUGCAGCAUCAUGACUUCAGUGAAGAGGACAAACACAGAGUCAAGAGUGUGUUGAAAGAAUUCAGCGAUCAGGCGAUAAAUCGCACAAUAGUGCUGACUACUGAUGAAGAAACACAAAGCUACAUGAGUACAUCUGUGGUAAAGAAUGAAUGGAUUACUGAUUUAAAAGAAGAGUGCGGAGGAGGACAUCUUCAGUUUGAUGAAGAACGACCAGCAUGGCUCUCUGAGAUGUUAACAAGGGUAGAUGGGAUACUGAAGAAAGAACCUGAUGAAUAUCUUGAAAGUAAGGUAUCAGGAACAUCUGUUGAUCCAGAGCCGAUGGUAAGAUCACAAGAGAAAGAUUCUUCUCACAAAGAUGAUGGAAAACUUACAGAGAGCCAUAGAAAGGGAAGAGAUGAAGGAAAUGUUCAAAGUUCUUAUUCAUCAGUAGCUGUAAAAUCAAAGCUGAAUUUGGUGUUGUGUGGAACUGAUGCGACACUGAAGGUCACCCUAUCCAAACUUUUACGAGGAAAAGCGAAAAAACCUUUAAGUCAGAAAGUAAUCAGUUCCUCCGUGUGUGUGAAGAAAGAAGAGAAAGUACAUGGACAUCACAUUUCUGUUGUGGAGCUGCCUGCUCUCACUCGACUCUCAGAUGAGGAGAUGAUACAUGAAACGUUCAACUGUUUGUCUCUCUGUUAUCCUGGAGUCCAUGUGUUUCUCAUCAUUGUUCCUGUCGGUCCAUUGUCUAAUGAAGACAAAGGAGAAAUGGAGAAGAUCCAGAAGACAUUUUACUCCAGUGAACACUUCAUGAUGAUUUUCACGACUGAUGUCGAUGUUGACAGAAAUGUGACAAAUUUUGUAGAAUCAUAUGCUGAAUGUCAGAGAUUCAUCAGUCUUUGUGGAGGACGAUACAGAGUGAUGGGGUUUAAAGAACAUGAAGAAUUUAAACCAACAUCAGUAGAGCUGCUGGAUUAUAUAAAUAACAUGAAGUCUGAACCGUAUUCACUUCAGAUGUAUGUGAGAUCUCAAGAGAAGAGAGCGAGACAUGAAACUGAGGAGAAAUAUAAAGACGAACUGUGUGAAUUGAAGAGUAAAAUUAAAGAGUUGCAGCUAAAGGUCAGCUCAUAUGGUGUUGAAGAUAAACAGGAGGAUCUGAGGCAUUUGAGAAUCGUGUUGAUUGGGAAGACAGGAAAUGGAAAAAGUGCAACAGGAAACACAAUUCUGGGAGAGGAUAAGUUUGAAAGCCUUGCGAGUUCAGACUCGGUGACGACUGUUUGUGAGAAGAGAGUUGGUGAGAUUGAUGGUCGAUCAGUUGCUAUUGUUGAUACUCCAGGAGUGUUUGACACAACAAUGACAAAUGAAAAAAUACUGGAGGAAAUAGUGAAAUGUGUGUCGCUGUCAGCACCUGGACCUCAUGUCUUCAUCAUUGUGUUAUGUGUUGGAAGAUUCACUCGGGAGGAGUCAGACACUGUAGAUCUAAUAAGAACAUUCUUUGGUCCUAAAGUUGCACAGUUCAGCAUCGUUUUGUUUACUAAUGGAGAUAAACUUCGUAAUGAAUCCAUAGAGCAUUUUGUGAAUAGAAGUAACAAUAACGACCUCCAAAAGCUGCUGCGGGACUGUGGAAACAGAUUCCUGGCAUUUAAUAACAAUGAAACAGGAGACAGAACUCAAGUGAAUCGACUGUUAAACAUCAUAGAAGAGAUGAAAACAACUAACCAGGGUCGAUAUUUUACGAACAGCAUGUUUGAAGAAGCAGAGAUCAGCAUUAAAAAAAAUAUGGAGAAAAUACUGAAGGAGAAAGAGAAAGAAAUUCAGGCUCAAAAUGAGGAAUUAAAAGCCAAACAUGAAAUUGAAAUGGAAAACAUGAAGAAGAGACUAAACGAAGAGAAAAGAAGAACAGACGAGGAAAGAAUGAAAAUGGAAAGAAAGUUUAGGGAACAUAAGGAAACUCUGAGAAAAGAGUUUGAGGAGAAAGAGAAAUCAGAACGGCUGAAACGAGAGAAAGAAAAGCAGAAACAAUUCGAGGAAGAAAAACAACAAAAAGCUGAAUAUCAUCAGAAGAUAGAAGAGAUGAAGAAAGAGAUUGAACAUCAGAGAUCACUGUAUGAAAAACAGCAGAGAGAGAGAGAAGAGGAGUAUAGAAAGAGAGAAGAGAAAUUCAGACAUGAUGUUGAAGAAAUGAAAUAUAAAGAAAGUCUCAUCACACAGUUACAAAAGAAACAAGAGGAAGAGAUUAAAAAGAGAGAAUCCGAGGAGAAAAAGAGGCGUGAACAAGAAGAGAAAGAAAGUGAAGAAUGGACCAGAAAAAUAAGUGAAGCUGAAAACGACAGAAGAGACAUUCAAGAAGAAAUUAAACGACAACAGAGAGAAUGGGAGGAGAAAAUUAAACAACAGAUGAGAGAACGAGAGGAAGAUGAGAGAAAGAGAAAAGAUAGUCAUGAGGAGCAACUGAGGGAAAAACAAGAAGAACUGGAGAACAUGAGAUGGACAUUUGAGAAAGAGAGAGAAGAAGAGAGACAACAGAGAGAAGACGAGAGACAGAAACAGAGACAAGAGAAAGAAGAGAAAGAGAGAGAGUAUGAAGAGAAGAAAAAUGACAUAAUCAAAUGUUAUGAGCAGCUGGAACGCGAGAGAAAAGUGAUGUGGGAGACAAAAAGUCGAGAAUAUGAUGAGAGAAGAGAAGAAGAGACAAAGAGAUGGGAGAAAAUGAUUGAUGACCUUAAAAGACAGCAAGAAAAAGAGAUCAAGAGAAGAGAAACCCAGGAGAGAGAGAGAAAAGUAAGAGAAGAGAAAGAGAGACAAGAAAUAAAGCAGGAACAUGAGCUGAGAAUAAAAGAGAUGAAGAAGAAACAUGAAGAUGAAGCCAGAAAACAAGCAGAAGAAUUAAAUGAGUUCAGAGAGAAAAAUGAGCAACAUGUUCAAGAGCUCAAACAAAUACUGGAAGAACGUCAAAAACAACAGGAAUUACUGGAAAAACUAUAUGAACACUUAAAACAACAGAAAGGAGAAAAAAUAGAGGAGCUACGAAAGCAAGUUGAAAAACUGAGAAACAAGUCAAGAUGUGUCAUCACGUAAUUCUGUGAAAACUUGAAAGAUUUCUAAGAAUCCUUUUAAUGCUUCUUUGUGAGUGUUAUAGACUCAACAGAGGAAGAUGAAGUGGAAGAAGAGUCUCUGCCUCACACAUGUAAAUGACCACAGCAUCACAUGAAGAGAAAAGGAGACCAGACACAGGUGCGAAAACUUCUAGAGAAUCGAGAAGACGGUGGAGGAAAAUGGAGGCCAUUACUUAAAGAUUCUUGAAGAACCUGCUGGCCAAAAAGACAUGACAGCAAUUAAAAGUAAAAUAAACAAUAAAAUAUUUAGUUGAUUUACGACUGUGGAAAGAUGAAGAGAUCACUCCAGUUUCAUCUUAAAUCAUCAUUUUUGCAUGUGUCAAUUCUAGUCCGGUGUGUUUUUUUUAUUUCAUCAGACAUGUUUGAUAUAGGGAUCUGAGUUUAUUUAAAGCAACUGUGUG